AUGAGGCGGGUCACGCUGUUCGUUAACGGCAGCCCCCGGAACGGGAAGGUGGUGGCUGUCUAUGGGACUCUCUCAGACCUGCUGUCUGUGGCUAGCAGUAAGCUGGGGAUCAAAGCAACCAGUGUGUACAAUGGGAAGGGAGGACUCAUCGAUGAUAUCGCUUUGAUUAGGGAUGAUGAUGUUCUGUUUGUGUGUGAAGGGGAACCAUUCAUUGAUCCCCAGACUGAUGGGAGACCCCAGGAGGAGCUGACAGGGUCCCACACAGACUGGCUGACACUCAAUGUUGGAGGCCGAUACUUCACUACAACCAGGAGCACUUUGGUUAACAAGGAGCCUGACAGCAUGCUGGCCCACAUGUUUAAAGAUAAAGAUGCAUGGGGAAAUAAGCAAGAUCCUAGAGGAGCAUUCCUCAUUGACCGCAGCCCUGAGUAUUUUGAGCCUAUUUUGAACUAUUUGCGGCACGGACAGCUCAUUGUAAAUGAUGGCAUUAAUUUGCUAGGAGUGCUGGAAGAAGCCAGGUUCUUUGGGAUUGAUUCCCUAAUUGAACAGCUGGAAAUAGCCAUUAAGAACUCCCAGCCAGCUGAGGACCAUUCCCCUAUAUCUCGCAAGGAGUUUGUCCGGUUCCUGCUGGCAACCCCAACCAAGUCUGAGCUGCGCUGCCAGGGUCUCAAUUUCAGUGGAGCAGAUCUCUCACGCCUGGAUCUUCGCUACAUCAACUUCAAGAUGGCCAACCUGAGCCGCUGCAACCUGGCACAUGCCAACCUCUGCUGUGCCAACCUGGAGAGAGCUGACCUCUCUGGCUCAGUGCUUGAUUGUGCAAACCUGCAGGGGGUGAAGAUGCUGUGCUCCAAUGCUGAGGGAGCAUCUCUGAAAGGCUGCAAUUUUGAAGAUCCAUCAGGCCUUAAAGCUAACCUGGAAGGGGCUAACCUGAAAGGUGUUGACAUGGAAGGCAGCCAGAUGACAGGAAUCAACCUGCGAGUGGCCACCCUGAAAAAUGCCAAACUCAAGAACUGCAACCUGAGAGGAGCAACCUUGGCAGGAACUGAUUUGGAAAAUUGUGAUCUAUCAGGUUGUGAUCUACAAGAAGCUAAUUUGAGGGGAUCCAAUGUGAAAGGAGCCAUCUUUGAAGAGAUGCUGACACCUCUGCACAUGUCUCAGAGCGUCAGAUAGGGCAGAGAGGAAGCUUUGCCUUGUGCUCACCUAGAACCUCCUCUGCUCCAGUUUGCACCUAGUGCCCCUUGGCCUGUUGUUGGAUAUCACUGAAGUGGCCUUGUGGCCUUGUCUUGAAACUGAGCUACUCUGUGACCUUGUUGAUGUGGA